UUAGAGGCGGGCACGAGGGCGACUCGCACAGGGCGACACCGCCGCCGGGCAAGACAGCAAGGGGGGCCGCCGCCGCCGCCGCCGCCCGGCGCAGGAGGUUGAAGCAGACGAUUGGGAUCAGGUGCCUCAUUCCGGCCGGGGCAGGCGGCGAGAGGCCAUCAACUCCAGGCAAGAUGAUCCCGGUAGCCGAAUUCAAGCACUUCACGGACCAGCAGCCUGCUUUCAAGGUUCUCAAGCCAUGGUGGGAUGUGUUGGCUGAGUACAUCACCAUAGCCAUGCUGAUGAUAGGUGUUUUCGGCUGCACACUGCAAGCGCUACAAGAUAAGAUUAUCUGCCUCCCCAGCCAUGCUCCCAAUGGUACAGCCCUCACUGAUGUAACUUGUGAAGAUUUCACCAAGAAGAGAAUCAUUGAAUCGGUCAAGUCCCCUGCCUACCGGGAAAUGCAUGGGUUAAAGAACAACUUAGACAUCCAACAGUACAGCUACAUAAAUCAGAUGUGCUAUGAGACAGCCCUCCACUGGUACGCCAAGUACUUCCCCUACCUGGUUAUCAUCCACACCCUCAUCUUCAUGGUGUGUGCCUCUUUCUGGUUCAAAUAUCCGGGGACCAGCUCUAAGAUUGAACAUUUUAUUGCCAUUCUGAGCAAGUGCUUUGACUCACCCUGGACUACUCGAGCCAUUUCAGAAGUCUCUGUGGAAGAGAAUGGAAGCUCAGGGAAGGCAGAUCGGAGAAGGAAAAGUAGUGCUCCCACUGAGUUAAUUGAGCUUUCCCCCGCAGGGGGAUCAGUGGCGGAGAAGAAGGUUGCAGAGUCCGCCACCGCUAGCCUGCUGGACAAAAAGGAAGGUGAGCAGGCCAAGGCACUCUUUGAAAAGGUGAAGAAGUUCCGGCUCCACGUAGAAAAAGGGGACAUCCUUUAUACCAUGUACAUCCGCCAAACUGUUCUUAAAGUCUGCAAGUUUCUAAUCAUUAUUGUCUACAAUGCAGUCCUGGUUCGCAAUAUCAACUUUGUAGUACCAUGCAGUAUUGAGAUGGAGGACAUGACUGGCUAUGACCAUUUCUGCUGCAAUCACACCAAAGCCCACCUCUUCUCUAAGUUGGCUAUCUGCUACAUCUGCUUUCUUGGCAUAUAUGGCAUGACCUGUUUCUACACUCUUUACUGGCUCUUCCACCGGCCUCUCAAGGAGUACUCUUUCAACUUUGCGCGCAAGGAAACAGGCAUCAGCGACAUCCCAGAUGUCAAGAACGACUUUGCUUUCAUGCUCCAUCUCAUUGACCAGUAUGAUUCCCUCUACUCCAAGCGCUUUGCUGUGUUCCUCUCUGAGGUCAGUGAGUUCAAGCUCAAGCAGCUCAACCUCAGUCAUGAGUGGACAGCAGAUAAGCUGCGGCAGAAGCUUCAGAAGAAUGCUCAUGGCCGGCUGGAGCUCCAUCUCUUCAUGCUACCUGGAUUGCCUGACACCAUCUUUGAGCUGACUGAGGUGGAGGCCCUGAAGCUGGAGCUCCUCAAAGAUGUUACUUUCCCAACCUCAGUGACUCAGUUGGUCAACCUCCAAGAGCUAACACUGAUCAACUGCCCUGCUAAGCUGUCUUUUACUUCGCUGAUGUUCUUCCGUGAACACCUGAAGGUGAUGCUUGUGAAGUUUGAUGAUGUAAAAGACAUACCUGUUUGGACUUACAACUUGAGAGGCUUGGAAGAGUUGCACAUCUUGGGACAUUUCAACCUGGAGAUGGGCCGGGUGGGAACUUUGGAAUGCCUGCGUGAGCUCAAGAACCUGAAGGUCCUGACACUGCAUAGCAAUAUCUCCAAGCUGCCACCCAGCGUGACUGAUGUUGCUGCUCAUCUGCAGAAGCUCAGGAUCCACAAUGAUGGGACUAAGCUGAUGACUGUCAACAACCUCAAGAAGCUCUUUUCUGUGCAAGAAGUGAAGCUGAUCAACUGUAACCUGGAGCGCAUCCCCCAUGCUGUCUUCAGUCUGGUGAACCUCCAGGAGCUGGACCUGCGGGACAACCAGCUGAAUACCAUUGAGGAGGUUAUCAGCUUUCAGCAUUGCCGCAAGCUAGCAUGCCUCAAACUUUGGUACAACCACAUUGCCAGCAUCCCAGAACACAUCCGCAAGCUCAAGAGCUUAGAACAACUUGACCUCAGCCAUAACCGCAUUGAGGCCUUCCCUAGCCAACUCUGCUCAUGCAGUAAGGUGACCUUUUUGGACCUUUCCCACAAUAAAAUCCAGGUCAUACCUUCCGAGAUAGGAUCUCUAGAACACCUUCAGUAUUUUGCCAUUUCUCACAAUGCCGUCAAGGAACUGCCAGAUGAAAUCUUCAAAUGCAAAAAACUCAAGAUCCUCAAAGCAGGACACAACAGAUUGCACCAGCUCUCUAACUAUCUGUCAUCGCUGCCUUUGCUCUCCAGGCUAGAGUUAAAAGGGAACCCGCUUGAGGCUCUGCCCCCGGGCAUUGGCCAAUGCCCAGUCCUCAGGCAUAGUGGCCUGGUGGUGGAGAGCCACCUUUAUGAGGCAUUGCCUCCAGAGGUGAGGGAGAAAAUGGAGGAGGAAUGAUGGGGAGAAUGACAGCAGGGGUAGAGUACCCCUGCAAGGGUUGGCCACGCAGACACGGAGCAGAGAGGAACCUAACUGAAUCUGGAUCUAUACAGCUUGGAAAUAUUCCUGCUCUUUUUUUCUACACCACCAUGGGGUAGACCUGGAAAAGCAGGUUGGUACCAGGGAGGAAAUGAAACACUUUCAGCUUAGUCAGGGAUGCAGGGUAGGAAUUGAAAACCUCAGCAUGUAGGUGCAGCAAAGACACAACAAAGAACAAAAAGAGACGGGAGACUCUUUCUAAAAACAAAAAACCACUGUUCAAAACAGAUAAGUAGCAGGAAUUGUUCAUAAGAAAGAAAUGGUUGUGCCAGACCAAAUGAUCAUUAUAGUUAUUUUUAUACAUGUGUGCUUGCUUGUGUAUAUUUCUGAAAUGUUCUGGGGCUUUGCGAGACUGUUUUGUACAA